AUGGGUCGGGUUGACCCGAAAGGAGAGGUGCAAAUAGAAGCAUGAAGGUGUAUUAUCCAGAAAUCAAUCAGAGCAUUAUAGAUGGCGCUGCACGCUUUUCACCACUUGCAGCUGCCACUCACAUCACUCUUUCCAUCACCUCCUCUCAGUCCGAGACUCAGACUCAGACUCAGACUCAGUGCUCCCUUAAUCUUCAAACCUCUCCCUCUCACUCCCAUCGGAAUCUCGUCGCUUCCGCGGAGGCGACGGAUGACGGUGACCGGCGUAGUCGAGGAAAGCCAAGAGAGUUCCGAAUCCAAAUCCGAAGCCGAAUCGGAAUCGGAAUCGAAGGAGUCGGAGUUGGCAUCGGAGCUGAAGAAGGCGAUGGAGGAGAAGAAGGAGAAAGAAGGGGAUAACUUUUGGAACGGAGUGGCUCAAGAGAUUAGUGAGAUUGAGUGGCCCGCGUUCGGGAAGGUGUUGGGCACCACCGGUGUUGUGCUCAGUGUCAUCCUUGGUUCUAGCGUCGUUUUGCUCACCGUCAAUGCCGUUUUGGCCGAGCUUUCUGACCGUGUUUUUUCAGGAAAAGGGGUUCAGGAUUUCUUUACCUGACCUGACAAUGAAACAAAAUCCAAAAGGGAC